CCGGGGCAGUGCGUUCCCCGCCUCUGUGUUUGGGAUAACUUGCAUCGUCGCUGGACGGAGAGAUCCCAGUUCCAGUUUGCUUCUGGCUCUACAGCCGAACUUAACUGCACCAUCAUAAACGCCUGCCUCCCCUCCCUCUCGCCUUAUAUGUUUCAUUAGAAAAACCUAUCGAGUUGCCGAGAACUUCUCUACCUCCCAUGUGAAGGCGAGAACCCUGCUGUGUGUGUGUGUGUGCGAGGAGAGGGAGGGCGAAAGGAACGACAUGGAGCAUCUCUCCGGCACCCGGGGUUGUUUCGCGUUGUUGACACUGACGGUGUGGUUGCGAGGGGUCGCGGCCGGCUGUUCCGACAGGGAGAAUCCCAAAUGUUGCACGGGAAGAAAUAACCAGUGCUGGGAUUUCACGAGAAGGCGGACGACGUGUUACUGCGAUACCUACUGUGCGAAAACAGCGGACUGCUGCGAAGAUUACAACGCGGUUUGUCAAAUUUCAGCCAUUGACUGUAUAGUUGGUCCAUGGGGCUCCUGGACUGAAUGUAGCUCGUUGUGCGGCAUCGGAAGCAGAGAAAGAGUGAGGCUCGUCAUCAUCCCACCCAGGAACGGAGGGACACCCUGUCCUGAUCUGAAGCAACGUCGGGGUUGCUAUGGACACGACCCUGACCAAUGCCACUCAGUUAAAGAGGUGGCGAAGAUUUUGCCCAACUCCUACAAGCGGAGCUUCAAAGACCCUUGGAAAAGACCACACAUGAUGGCAAAGGAGCAAAGACCAAGUUACUGCGCUUACUUUCGAAUGAAGGAGGUGAGCUCCUCCUGCCACCUGGGCAUCUGGACCAACCAGCUGUUCCGGGAGAAACGUGUCUGCAUCGAGUGCCAGGGAGAAGCCAUGGGAAGCAGGGAUCGGUGUGAAGGCGAUGGGCUGGAGGGAACCAGGACCUUCUGGAUAGUCGCUUCCCACCCGGGAUGUCAUGGAUCGUGGGUGCGCGAAUCACUGCGGGCGAACUGCCAGUGCCCCCCGCAGUCACUGAUCUUCAUCUAAUGUGCUAUGUGAAGCGAGCAGUUCCCCAAGAUCCACAGGAAAUGGGUGGGGGGGGGCUGCAGAGUUUUAUCACCAUUCCUAGAGACGUCACAUAGCAACGAGAGAGAGAGAGAGAGAGAGAGAGAGGGGGGGAAGAGAGACAGGGAAAGAGGGAGAGAAGGUGAGAGAGAGGGAGAUGGGGGAGAGAGGGACAGAGAGAUAGGGAGAGAUGAGGAGCAUGAGAUAGAGGGAGAGAGACAAAGAGAGAGAGAGAGAGAAGUAUGAAAGGUAGCCAUAUAAGCUUGCUGCAUGCUUUUUUUAAAAUCACAUUAUCCUUCCGUUCCGCAUAAGCACAUUGAAAGACUUAUAUCCUCACAACAGAAUGGUGAAAUUCUAUAUCAAAGAGAACUGCUAAUGAACUUUUAAACUUUUUUACCUCUGAAAUUCUGCUGGGAGCUAUCUCCACAGUCACACUUGCAUUUAGUAAAAUAAAAGCACACUGAAAAAUAUAGCAUUUUCCUUUUAAUUGUUUUCAAUGUUUCUUAAUUGCCUGGCCAUGUGCUAUGUAACUGGGAAUAGGGAA